UCUUCACUUUCAAACUUUCACCCUAUCUUCUUCUUCUUCUUAUUCUGCUCCGCUGGGUCUUCUUUAGUUGUUAAACCCUAUAUAACAGACCAACUCUCCGAUCCCAAACCCUAGAAAAGUAAAGACUUUUAGCUCCUCCACAGUCCCCCAAACGACGUCGUCUGCUCUUAUCCAGAGGGAGCCAUGAAUCCCUCCACCCUCCUCGCCCCUUCUUCUUCAACGCCGCAGCGUUCAAUUCUCCAGUCGCAGUUCCUCAACCCUAUCCCUCUCCGCGCCACCACCUCCGCAACCGUCCCACGGCGCCGUUUCAGGGUCUCAUUUCCCCGCAACUCGGCUGCCCAGUCGGACGGCGCCACGUCACCACCGCCGCCGACAGAUGUCUUUGGGGGCAAGAGAGAGCUCACUGGAGUCCAGCCCCUUGUGGAGAAGCUUUCGCCGCCGCUAAGGUUGGUGACGUCGGCAAUAGUGUUCGCCGGAGCGGUGGCUGCGGGUUACGGGUUGGGGCUUCGGGUCGGGAAGACCCAGAACACCGCGUUGGGCGGGGCUGUGGUGCUCGGAGCUGCUGGAGGAGCCGCUGUGUACGCUUUGAACGCCAGCGCUCCGGCCGUCGCCGCCGUCGAUUUGCACAACUACGUUGCCGGCCGGGAUGACCCCAGAGCUGUGAAGAAGGAGGAUAUUGAAGGCAUUGCGAAAAAGUAUGGUGUGAGCAAGCAAGAUGAGGCAUUCAAUGCGGAGCUCUGUGAUUUAUACUGCCGGUUCGUCACUUCAGUGAUACCUCCAGGAAGUGAAGAACUUAAAGGGGAUGAAGUUGAUACCAUAGUGAACUUCAAAAAUGCUCUGGGCAUCGAUGACCCUGAAGCAGCUUCAAUGCACAUGGAGAUUGGUAGACGCAUUUUCAGACAGAGGCUUGAGACUGGGGACCGUGAAGGUGAUCUAGAGCAGCGUCGGGCAUUUCAGAAGCUGAUAUAUGUUUCAACGCUCGUGUUUGGAGAUGCUUCAUCUUUCCUCUUGCCUUGGAAGCGUGUUUUCAAAGUCACCGAUUCCCAGGUGGAGAUUGCUAUCCGUGAUAAUGCACAGAGGUUAUAUGCUUCCAAGCUAAAAUCAGCUGGCAGAGAUAUUGAUGCAGAGCCACUUGUUAGGCUUAGAGAAGCACAACUCAUGUAUCGGCUUUCUGAUGAGAAUGCUGCAGACUUGUUCAAGGAGCACACAAGAAAACUGGCCGAGGAAAAUAUUUCAUCAGCACUCAAUAUACUCAAGUCCAGAACAAGAACAGCGGGGGGUGUCACACGAGUUGUGGAAGAGCUUGAUAAGGUUCUAGCACUCAAUAGUUUGCUCAUCUCACUAAAGAACCAGCCAGAUGCUGUUCGCUUUGCACCUGGGGUUGGGCCAAUUUCUUUACUUGGGGGUGAUUAUUAUGGUGAUAGAAAGAUAGAUGACUUGAAGCACCUUUAUAGAGCAUAUGUCACAGAUUCUUUAUCAGGGGGUCGCUUGGAAGAGAAUAAGCUUUCUGCAUUGAAUCAGCUUAAGAAUAUAUUUGGGUUAGGCAACCGAGAGGCAGAAACCAUUGUGCUAGAUGUUACUUCAAAGGUAUACCGUAAACGUCUUUCACAGGCUGUUAUUGGGGGUGAUUUGGAAGCAGCAGAUAGCAAAGCAGCCUUCCUUCAAGGUAUCUGUGAGGAGCUGCACUUCGAUCCACAGAAGGCGAGUGGGAUUCAUGAAGAAAUUUACCGGCAGAAGCUUCAGCUGUGUGUUGCUGAUGGAGAGCUUGAUGAGGAGGAUGUUGCUGCCUUGUUAAGGCUGCGGGUCUUGCUAUGUAUACCAAAGGAAACUGUUGAAGCUGCCCAUACAGGGAUCUGUGGCAGUUUGUUUGAAAAGGUUGUGAAGGAUGCAAUUGCAUCUGGUGUUGAUGGAUACGACGCUGAUGUGAAAUUAGCUGUUAGAAAGGCAGCCCAUGGCUUGCGAUUGACUAGGGAGGCAGCCAUGUCUAUUGCAAGCAAGGCAGUCAGAAGGAUUUUUGUUAACUACGUAAAACGAGCACGGGCAGCUGGGAACCGUACUGAGGCUGCAAAAGAACUUAAAAAGCUGAUAGCCUUCAACACAUUGGUUGUGACUGAAUUAGUGGCAGACAUAAAGGGGGAAUCAUCUGAUACAUCGACAGAUGAGCCAACAAAGGAGAAAGAAGUAAAAGAGGAAGAAGAAACGGUCCCAGAGGAUGAGGAAUGGGAAUCUAUUCAGACACUUAGAAAAAUAAGACCUGACAAGGAACUUGCAGUGAAGUUGGGGAAGCCUGGUCAGACUGAGAUAACUCUGAAAGAUGACCUGCAAGAAAGAGAGAGGACUGACCUGUACAAAACAUACUUGCUUUUUUGUAUAACUGGAGAAGUGAAGAAGAUUCCAUUUGGUGCUCAGAUCACUACAAAGAAGGAUGAUUCAGAGUAUCUGCUACUAAAUCAGCUUGGGGCAAUAUUGGGUUUGAGCACUACAGAGGUAGUGGAUGUACACAGGAGCCUGGCCGAGCAAGCUUUCAGGCAACAAGCAGAGGUGAUUUUAGCUGAUGGGCAAUUGACAAAAGCCAGGGUAGAGCAACUUGAUGAGUUGCAGAAGCAAGUUGGGUUGCCUCCACAAUAUGUUCAAAAGAUAAUAAAGAGCAUAACAACUACAAAAAUGGCGUCUGCCAUUGAAACAGCUAUUGGCCAGGGGAGGCUCAAUAUUAAGCAGAUAAGAGAACUUAAACAAUCAAGUGUUGAUUUAGAAAGCAUGAUAUCUGAGAGCUUGCGAGAGAACCUAUUCAAAAAAACUGUUGAUGAGAUAUUCUCAUCAGGCACUGGAGAGUUUGAUGAGGAGGAAGUCUAUGAGAAAAUCCCAGCGGAUCUCAACAUUAAUGUCAAGAAGGCAAGAGGUGUAGUUCUGGAGCUUGCAAAGAGCAGAUUAUCUAAUUCACUGAUUCAAGCUGUGUCACUUUUGCGGCAGAGAAAUCGUCAAGGAGUGGUUUCUUCUCUUAAUGACAUGCUGGCUUGUGAUAAAGCUGUGCCUGCCCAGCCACUUUCAUGGGAUGUUCCAGAGGAGCUGGCCGAUCUGUUUGCCAUAUACCUGAAAAGUGACCCAGCACCUGAGAAACUGUCACGCUUGCAGUAUCUGCUGGGCAUUAAUGAUUCCAUGGCAGCUUCCCUCGGGGAGAUGGGAGACAGAUUAUCCCCUGCUGGUGCAGAGGAAAAGUUUGUAUUCUGAACGUCAAUCUAGACACACAUGGGAAUAGGCCUGUUCCUGAUUGGCUCAUUUUUGUCCACAACCUGGUUUCUUUAGGAAAAGACUUAUACUAUGGUAAUUGUAGACAAGUUGUGAAUCGAAACAAGAAACUUUUAAAUUCUGGUUUAGCCGAAAAAUAAGAUCUGUUGUAUUUCAAUAUCUCGAUAUAGGAGGAAGUUAUCUGCUUAGAGGAAAGGAUUUUAAAGUUUCAAGAUAUCAGAGAAGCUCACUUCUUUUUUA